GUCAUUGGAUGUACCUUGUUGAAAGGUAUAUUCUUUGUUGUGUAAGUUGAUAUAUUUUUAAUUUUUUUCUAAUCUUACGAUUCCUUUUAAUAUAUUGUUAGGGAACUCGGCCAUUUGAAACCUUAUGUUCAUAACAAUUCCGCACCAGAAGGUUGUAUCGCUGAAGGGUACAUUAUGGAGGAAUGUCUCACUUUUUGUUCUAGAUAUUUAGAGGAUGGUGAUAUUGAAACAAGGUUUAAUCGACCAAGGCGUAAUGAUGAUGACAAUGAUAUCAAUUCUAGUAGUGAAUCUACUAUCUUGUCAAACUUGUUUCCUUCAUCAGGCAGCCUGUUGGUGCUAUUAAAACCUACCCUUACCUCCGUUGGAAAUCAUACAAGCUUAUCGAUAUGUGCUAACUAAUUGUGAAUUAGUUGAUGCAUUUCGAGAGUAAGUUACAUGGUCUUUUAUAUUGUUUGUUUUCUUAGCCUAAUGUAUUUUUAUAUCUUACUUUGUGAAUUACAACUACAUUUAGGAAGUUUAGAAUUGAGGUCACUUGGAUGCAUCGUAGCAAAAAAAACUACGCAAAAGUUGUGGAAGAACAUGUGCACAAACAUUUUCACGAGUGGCUUAAAGGAUAUGUUGCAAGAAAGGAUGGUGCGGAUAUUACACCUGAAAUUGAAUGGCUUGCAAAUGGGCCAAAUAAUGUUGUGAGGAGAUUCAAGGAGUUUAACGUUCAUGGAUUUAAGUUUCGUACUGUGAGGAAGGAGCAAGGAUUGAGAACACAAAAUAGUGGUGUUGUUAUGUCUGCUGUUACCAAGAGAUUUUCAAGUGGUAGAGAAUCUAUUGAACAAUCAAGUGAUGAUAUGUACUAUGGUAAAUUGGUUGACAUCAUAGAGUUAAAUUAUUAUGGUAAGUUAAAGGUUGUGUUAUUCAAAUGUAUUUGGGUAGACACUACACUUAACAAGCGAAUCAAGAUAGAUCAAUUUGGGAUAACAAGUGUAAAUUUUUCUCGUUUGAUACACACCGGUGCAAAAGAAACAGAUGAACUAUUUAUACUUGCAACUGAUGCUAGAAUGGUGUACUAUGUUGAUGAUCCAAUUGAUGAAGGUUGGUGUUUUGUUUGUCAUAUGAAGCCUAGAGACAUAUAUGAUAUGGGAGAUGUGGAUUCUGUGGAUUUAGAGGAGCCACCAAUGGAGGACAUACCUUUUCGUGAGCAACAUUUGGAAAAUAUCGAACACUUACAAUUAGUGCGGGAUGAUCGCUAUGAACAAGAACAAGAUGAACCAACUCAUGACGAUUAUGAAAGUGGUAGUGAUGAGAUGGUGAUGAUGGAAAGUUAGACUAGUUUAAUACCCCUGUUAUGGAAUUGAAAACUUACGACUAAGAUGCAUUUAAUACCUCUCUAGGGAGGGAGAAGAUCAGUGAACGGAAUUUCUUCAAGAUCUUGUACCUGGUUGCAACAAGGUUAGUUUUUUUUUUCUUUCAAUAAUCUGCCUCGUAAAACAUCCAUCACAACAAGAAGCAUCUGUUCUUUAUGUGUCCCGUGUGAGAGUCGGUGAUUUUGCAGGUUACUGGGAUAGCAGUAAUGUUGGAUGAAAUCAUUAAUUAUGUACAAUCUCUUCAAAGACAGGUUGAGGUAUGGUAUUUACUACUAAUAACUUAUUCCUUUUUUCUUUUUCUCCAAAUUUAUUUAUUUUCC